UUUUCGAGGUUUGGCCGCGUCUUGUGACUGGCUUUGAUCAUGGCUGACCCUAGUGAACAGAGUGAGGUGCCUCACAGCGACGGAGAGGAGACUAUGGACACAUCAGAGCCACCAGCUGCCACCACUAGCCCCCCUGCAUCCGCCCCCGAGACAGAGGAGGAGAGAGACAUGUCAGGAGAUGAGGAUGGUGGUGUAGACUCAGGGGGAGAGGAGGAAGAAGGAGUGGAUCUAAAAAAAAUGGCUGAGGACUAUGCUAGCUAUCUUGUCAUCAACAGCAAGCAGGAUACGCAGCAAUUGGACGAACGUAUUGAGAAUGUUGUGUUUCGUGUGGAAGAGUUCAAAGCGCAGUUGGCUCACAUGCAUACUAACAUCUCCAGCACCUCGGACAAGAUGCGUCAUCUCCAUGACAACAGCGAGCAACUCAAAACCCUGUACACCAGAAUAGACCAAGUGGAGGCCUUUGUGAGCUUGGUGGGUCAUAAUGUCGACCAGAUGGAGGAAGCCAUUUCUAAGGCAGAGAAAGAAUUGGACCCAAGCAAACUGAGAAAGAUGUUCUCAGCUUUUAGACGUAGUAAGCCUGAGCCCACGCCCACCUGGCAGCCCCCUAGAGUGUUCCGGACUAGAGACUACUUCACCAGCUCAUCGGCCUCACUGUCUGCCACCCCACCCCCUCUUGGAGGUCAGAGGUCGUCAAGUCCAGGAGAACUUGUUAAUGAACAUGCAACUGUUACGUAGUUUAGACUGAUUGUGUACGCAAGUUUACAUUUUGUGGUUUUGUGAUAAUAAACAGUUUUGUAUUUUUGAAAUUAAA